CCGCAGUCUAGCAUAUAAUAAAAAUUCGCCUGCAACGCCUCGGACAAAAAAUGAUUUUAAUGUAGAACACAACUAAUGUAUGUGCAUGGUUUGUGCAAAAUGUAAAGAGAUUUUACUCAACUGAACUUCUACAUCUGCAUCCAAAGACAGCCUGCAAACUGGAUAAGCCACCGUCAAAGGCCGAGCAGGCUGCUCGGUUAAAACACAAGAUGUUUCAGAUUCAUAAGAAACCUCAGGGUGAUGCAGCAGUAAAGAAAUCUGUUCAAAAAAUAUUGGAUCCGAAAAAAGAUAUUGUCACGAGAUUGAAGCAUUUGAGGCUUGUUCUAGAUAAUGUCACUGAUCCAGCAGAAGAACAAGCAAUUUUUGAACAAUACUAUUCUCAUAUUUAUUAUGUUUUCUAUGAAAACUUUCUUCUGGCUGAGGCAAAUGUGCGACAGAAAGGAGCUCACAGAGCACAAAGAGAAGAGCUCGAUGGCAUGCUGCAAAUUUUUGAGACUAUUCUUGUACGUUUACCUGAGAUGCUCCAUGAAAGAUGGCAAUAUAACAGUAUUGAUCGAAUUAUCAAGACGCUCCUACAUCCAGGAAAUUCACUCAAGAUGCGACGAGAUGGAGUGAAAUUCUUCUUAUUGUGGUUUCGUGCUUUGAAUGUGAAUGCUAAAGAAUCAACAAUAUUAUUGUAUGCAUCUAUUGUACCGGGAUUUCCCUCCCCACCAGCAAAAAAUGAACUAUACAGUGGAUGUUACAUUGAAUCACUAAUAAAUCCUGUUCCUGACAACAGUCAAACUGGCGUAUGUCCUGCAGAAAUUACUUGCUUGCUUCCUCCUCCUGCUGGCGAAAAGAAUCCUCAUGACCUGACGAAGUUCUUCUUGGAUAUAAUGUUGGAAUAUAUGGUUGUAGAGGCUUGUAAGUUACAAUGGAAAGAUCGACCAAAAAUGGAAACAGUCUGUUUUUCUUUUCUCUGGAAUAUGUUCAAGAAAUACUAUCUUCCUCAUAUUUUUGAUGAUUUUCAUUUCGACACUUCUGUUUAUCAGCCUAAUUUAUCAUUGCCUGAGCCGAGAGGACCUGUGAACUACAUUUUAAAUGUAACAGACACUGGCUCAAUUGAUCCGUGUAUUGAAGUUGGUCCUGGUUGUCCCAUGCUGCCUGCUCGCGUUUCCACAAUUAAAUGGGUGAUAGCAUUCACAAGUGAUGCCCUGCACAAUGAAAAUAAGAACAGGGGUGCAAGGUCGGAUGUCGUAUUGGACGGCCUGUCCAGACUGCUGAAAUCACAUAUGAUGCAACAACGGCUUAUAGUUGGUUCUGUAAUUGGACUUCCAGACAGACAAGCCAUUGGUGAAGCAGAUUCAAAAAUGGCAGGAGGGAAUUCAUCUGGUGGUAGCCAUGAGCAAGAAGCAUCUCAUUCUAACACAAGUACUUUGACUGAAAAGGCACCCAGUUUAUCAAGUCUUUCCAGUCUUGAUGACAAAUUAAAAUCAACUGGUUCAGCAACAGAUGAAGAAGAACUCGUCAGAAAUAUUUUAUAUUCAACAAGAGAAAAUGUCAACAUUGUUCAUGAAGUUUUUCGACAGGCUCUGAUGCUACCUUUGACUGAAGCUCCAACAAUGAGAAGAGUUGUUAAAGUUUAUCAGGAAUGGAUACAGGAUGGUAUAACUCCAAUUUUCAUGGAAGAGCCAGAUCUAAGUGCCAUGAAUGACCCAACACCAGUAGAUAAUACAGUGGUGAAUGAAUCAGAUGAUGAAGAAGAAUUUUCAAAUCCACAACGGAAAACGUCAUCAACUUCGACAAGUAGUUUGAGAAAUGUUUCAUACAUGAGAGGACAACUAAAUCCAUUGUUGGAUCAAGCAUUGUCAACAUAUGUACAAGCUGGAUGUCAAACGACAUAUCAACUGUUUGUUACUAAUUCAGCUCAUGUUUUUCUUGUUGAACCACCUGAUGAUGCUCAUAAACUCAUUCAAGCUCAGGUUGAUGUAUGCAAACGAGUUCUCAAUUUAUAUCGUCACAUGGUAAUGCAUGUCAAUAUGAACAGCACAACAUGGACACAAUUGCUUCAAGUUUUGCUUCAUAUUACUCGUAUUAUGCUUCAAGAUGCAGAAACUCCGAAAUCUAUCAGAGUAACUACAGUAGCUGGGAGAUUGGCUGGUCCUGUUUUUCAGACACUAAUUGUAUCAUGGAUCAAAGCAAACUUAUUUGUCCAUGUAUCUCGUGAAUUAUGGGAUGAAUUGGUUGAUGUUUUAUCAAGUCUUAUGCAUUGGAAAGAUCUUAUUGUGGAAUGGGCCAAAAAUAUGGACACAAUGACCAGAGUAUUGGCAAGACAUGUGUAUGGAUUAGAAUUAAGUGAUUUACCUUUGGAUAGAUUGACUGAACAGAAGCAAAUGAGAAACAGGAAAGCUGCUUUGCGAGAAAGACUUGCUAAACCUGCGGAGAAAUCAUUCAGUAAAGGUUGGAGUCGCGAAUCCGUUCCUCCUAAUUCUGGGAGAUCUGCAAGAAUGAGAAGUCAAACAGCAAUAGGAGAUAUUACAGAAAGUCAUGUAACAGACAGUCGGACAACACCUGCUCUAAUGGUGAAUGGAACUAAAUCAGAUGAAAUUGAAAAUAAUUUUUCUGUAGACAGAAGGGGAAGAUCUGUGACAGUCCUGGGUUUGGAAGCAGCACCUGAAACAGACCGUACUCUUCAAAAUGUACCUGGAUUGGGUGGAGCUCCAGAACAUACCGGUGGUCAUCUACCAUUGAAAAGAGGAAUGUCUGAUAGUAGUAAUUUAUCUUCAUCACCGCCUGGAACUCUCACAAUUGGAGGCAAACUUGAUAGUAAUCUACAACGAAGCAGCAGUACUUCUGAUAUAUCAAGAGAUAAGAUUGAAGAUAAUUACAGAGAACAUAUUCACAUUGAAUACAAUCAACCUGGUAGACAGAGAUGUAAUUCUGGACCUGGAUACAGAGAAGACAUGAGAGUACAUGGCCUUCGAACACAAUCAAGUGAUAACGAUGGAGUGACGAGUUUAUGCAGUGUUGAAGAUGCAUUUAAUGAUAUGUUCGAUGAACUAGCACAACAGAGACUUAGUACUGUGAACCCCAAACCAGUAGUUGCAGAGGUCUGGAAUGCACCGACUGACGUGAUAAGCAUUAAAAGUCAAGAUUCAGGAUCUAUCGAUCCAAAUUGGAAUCCAUGGGCAGAAUCGGAUGCUCAAACCACCGCACAUGAUGAUUCUGCAGAAGGACAAGAUCAAUUGUAUCACGAAACAGAAGCUAAAAGAAGUGAUGAAUAUGCUGAUGCUAGAGAAGAGGAUUAUACUUCAGAAUGGGGAAAUUGUUUAGAAGACUCAAAUUAUGAUAAAGAAAAUGAAGAUCAUUCGUCUGCAGAAUCUGAUUCUGAAUCAACGAGCAACGACUAUGAUUUCAGCUCCACCACUGGUACUCUAACUCUCUCUGGGUCAUGCUCGAUGACCCAUAACAUUGAAAUUCCUCGUAGUGAUACUAAUGAACAAUUGAAUGCGUUUUCCUCACUGCCUACCACUACCCGUCCUACCACUCUCCUAUUUGACAAAUCUACUCCGAGUGCCUCCUCUAUUAUACUCACCGAACCAACACCCCCCAAAAUUAUAUGGGAAAACUUAUCUCAGUUAAUCCCUAAGAAAUCUCACUCUAGUCCUUGCACUCCCGCACCUUAUACCCAACCUAUAGUUAUUAUUAAUAAACCUCCGUUAAAUACGUCAUUGAGACGUGCCAAAUCAUACCUCUCUUACCCAGCUAAUCGACGACGACCCGUUCGUAGCAUUUCCUUGCCACGACAAAAUCUUCCAAGGAACCUAUCCAGUCCCAGUUUAGCACUCGCUCCCUCACAUCGCACUUUUCCUCUCACAAAAUUGUCGAGUAGUAGAAGAGUGGUGGAGCCCGUCAGUUCUUCUAAUGAAUCUUUCAGCUGUCCAAUUAAGAUCACUCACAGCAUGCAAUGCUUUCCCUGCUUUAGCGUAGAUGGAAUAGUACCGCAGCAUCUUGCUGAAUUGACAGUAAAUCAGAACAAGGAAAAGGAUACAAUUGUGAACGAACUUGCUAGCAUGCUUUCAAAAGAACAAAACACAUCCAGUGAAACUGCAAGCCCAGGUGUCUCGAGUCCUCCAUAUCAAUUAUAUAAACAUGUAGCAAGAGACAGGUAUGAUUCAACUGCACUUUUGAUUCCGGAUCCCAGGCGUGACACGUCAAGAAAUGAGACUCGUGAAAGUAUUGCAGAGGAAGAAAUUCCUUGUAACGAUUCCCCUGAUGCAGAUACAUUGUUUGAGAAAUCAUCAGAUGAUAUACUUGGUGUUCAUACAAGCACUCCACAUAUCACACUUUCGAAAGGAACAUCAGAUUUAUCUGGUGAUGAAAGUAUGGACGAGAACAAUUUUCAGCAAGAUAAAACAGGUGACAGUAUACUUGCACCAUCAGAAGAUUGCAGUAUUCUUGCUGGUGGCAGAAGAACAGGUUGGUAUCCUGAUGUUGCUGUAGCAUUAUGGAGAAGAUUGCUCGGCAUUUUGGGCGACGUCAAUAAAGUAGAAGAUCCAGUCAUACAUCAACUCAUUUUCACAUAUCUUUUGAAAUUCUGGAAGGUUCUAUUCAAGAUGAGAGACAAUCUUGGAAUAACAACCGACAAUAUGUCCACACCAGAACCACCUCAACUUGUUCCUCCACUUCGGAUCAUGGCACCUUGGGCAUUCAAGGCAGUGAUGUCUCUCCCAGAUUCUCACAAAGGUGGAUGUCUACAUGCUUAUCAACUACUAUGCAACACAACGUUACAAACUCACGAUACAAGACUUGAACCAGAACAUCUCGCUUUAUUUUAUAUGAUACUGCAUGAAGGAUUGCACUCAGAUCAGGAACAAGAUAAAGUGAAUGAAAUUGUAGAAAGCUCAAGUCCAAGAUUUUUUUCAUGUGGUCUUCCUGCAUCUACAUUGUUAUUACUUGAUUUUAUUUAUGCAUGUCACGCAGUUGCUGCAUCAACGGACUUAUCGGGUCCGCGUGUGGAGGCACAAACCUUACUUGGAUCUGUUUUAUGUUUCCCCAAUUUAUAUUAUGAUCUUCCAGUACUAAAUCCUGACUCGAAGGAGCCACAAGCUUUAAUGUGCAAUAAUAUCAAGGAAUAUGUGGCUGAUGCAUUGUUAACGUCAGCAAAAAAGGAACCUUCAGCUCCAGCGAGGUGUGUUGCGUUGAGUAGUUUAGGUGUGUGGUUGUAUGAAGAACUCACUUCUUCUGUAGAAGAAGCCACUGCAACACCUACGACUGUACAGAGUGAUGGUAUUGUUUAUGACACUAACCUAUCGCCAGUGAAAGGAAGAAUACUGGCUCGUCAUGGCAGAGUGAAAGAAGCAAUAAAUGUCAUGUUGGUUUCACUCAAGUUCAAUAAUCGUGUUGUGGCCGGUGUUGCUUGUAGUCAACUCCACCUACUCACUCACUGUAUACCUCAGUUGCUUGAGUAUAUGCCUGAGAUGCCGUCUCGAAUCAUAGAGGUAAUGUCUCUCACUGCAUCAUCUCUUCUUCAAAGCUCAGAAGCAAAGUCAUCAGAUAGUGGAAGACAGCUUUUGGUUUCCCUGCUGCUAUGUAUAUGUGAUUGGUGUAUGUUGGUUCCACUUGAUAUGUUGAUUGAAAUUACAACUCCUGGUACGGAUAAAAGAUUGAUACGCACUGUGUUCAAGGCCCUUCAAACUGGAGCUCUCGGAAAACCUGGUCACAGUGCAAAACACAGUUAUAGUUUGUCUGAUCUCGCUUCGAAAGAUUUCGAUCCAAAUCUACAACUGGAUAAAGUAUCGGAAGGAUCAUCCAGUUCUAUUAAUGGCAGUGGACAAAUGAGAAAUAAUAAGUUACCACUGCCUCCUAUGCCUAAUGUGUCUAUCGGUACAGACAAUGUAGUGAGUCUUACUGCCAGUACAGUUCUCAGUCAUUUAACAAAUCAUCUUGGACAUUUUCCGCUCGCUAAAGGUCCUGCAGUACUAAACAGUAUGGUUACUGAACAACAAGAUCAUGGAAUGGAUAAUAAAAAUCUCUCAGCUGAUUUGUCAAAUAACUUAUUUAGUUCUCCAAAUGUACAGUUUUUGAUCUACAAUGACAGUUGUCUGCUAUCUAUGGUUGAAAUAAAUGCACAGAAGGAUGUACCUGGAGGAGGACCAACAGCUGGUUUAUCGACAGCUCCAACUAAUGUUCGUCUGAUUAUCAGGGAUACAAGCGGAAAAUUUUGUUGGGAUUCUUCAAUAUUAUAUGGAUUACCUGAUUUAGAAAAUCAUACGAAACCAGUUUCACAUGUUCCACUGUCAACUCUGGAUGUCGAAAUAUCGAAAGUGAUAUCAGAACAUUGCAGUUCUUAUAUAUCAUAUGCUGAAUCAGAAAUUAAGAAGAAAACAAAAGUCAAGGAAACUCCACUGCCGUCACAUGAUGUCUCUCUGCCAUCUGAACAAUCUUCUGAUAAAUUGGACCAAUUAGUGCAAUAUGUUGGAUACUCCAGUCCUGAAUGUCAGGAAUUUCCUGGUCGUCCUUUAAACAUUCCUGCUUCUCCUUCGAGGGUUCUUGAUGACACAAAACUGCAAGGAAAAGCUCUUGAAUAUAUUCUUAAACAACACAAAUCACAAAGCACUUAUUAUUCUAGCAACGCUCAUCACACCAGUUGUCAAAGUCGAUCCGUGCGCCCUCUUACAUACUCGCCUCCUCAACCAUCGUUUCAUCAAUCUCGUCUUCUCAUAUCUCAAACUGCAUUCUUAUCAAAAGAAAACCGAAGACGAGUCACUUUAUUAAAAAAGAAUGAAAGACUUCUACGUGAACUCAAAAAUCUAGAUUCAAGGCAUUGUCGAGAAACACACAAGGUUGCAGUGUUAUACAUUGCUCCUGGUCAAGAGGACAAAUUAUCAGUUCUUUCAAACACUGCUGGCAGUAAAGAUUUUGAGAAUUUUGUCUGUGGACUUGGCUGGGAGGUUGACUUGAAAACUCAUUGUGGAUUUCGUGGCAAACUACAUGCUGAUGGAAGCACUGGAUCAACUUCACCUUAUUAUGCAACAUCAACACUAGAAGUUGUUUUUCACGUUUCCACAAGAUUUCCUUCAACGAAUGAUGAUUCAAGAAAUAUUAAGUUGAAACAUCUUGGUAAUGAUGAAGUUCACAUUGUAUGGUCUGAACACAGCAGAGAUUACAGGAGAGGGAUUAUACCAACUGAAUUUGGAGAUGUUCUCAUCAUUAUUUAUCCAAUGAAACAUAUGUUAUAUCGAAUACAAAUCAAGAAAAAGGAUGAGGUACCAUACUUUGGACCACUAUUUGAUGGUGCUAUUGUCAAUGCACGUGUUUUACCUGUUCUAGUCAGAGAAACAGCCAUAAAUGCAGGAAGAGCUAAGCGUUCACAAAUAUCUUUGUACCAGCCAUUCUAUGAAGAACGAGCGAAAUAUCUUCGUCAAAUCAUCGAUCAAUUCCGAGACGACACAACUUUUGAAGAUUAUGCGGCCCAAUUAUUUUCACCUGGAACUGCAAGAAAUUUAUCUCCAGCAGCUAAGCUUGUACCCAAAAGGCCAGCACCUAAGCCCUCUCCACCCUUACCUGCUUCUGAAAUGCCACAAGCGCAAAGUACUCCUAUGCCACCGACAUUCGUUUCCCAACCUAGCCCAAUUGUUGGUAAAGUACUACCGCUUGCUGCUCAACAACCGUUCUCUGUUGCUAAUAGCAACAAUAAUAACAGUGGAAUUCAGUCGAGUGUGAUACAUGAAGUUACGUCAAACAGAAGACGACAUGUCAGCACGGAUUCCGAUACAUCAGUGCAAUCUAACGUUUCAACUAAUAUUCCGCCUAUAAAAGAAGUUCCCAAUAUAGAAGAAUUCGAUGGCGGAAAAGGCGCACGAUACACACCUGGACAUCAAGUAUCUUCCAACAGAGCAGUUUCCAAUCCGUCACCUACUCCACCUGUUCAUAAAUCUUCAGCGUCUCAUCUAUUGAUUUCAACACCUCGUCCGAAACCCAGUGCUUCGUCUCAUCCAACUUCCAUAUCGGCACUCAGUUUUUCACAAAACCAACAACAAACACCAGUGUAUCCAACCUCUAUUGAUGCUUCAACUAAAAUACACAUUCCUGUUUCUAAACUUCAUCCCACCUUGUCAAAAUCUUCAAAUCAACAAAGUACACAAAACUCCUUUUUCAAGCGCCAUUCUGCAAGUAGUGUUAAAACCUCGUCCGCAACAAACAGUGGAAUCAUACUUGUUCCGCCACCACCAACGACAACAAAAUCUGUCCAGAGGGAUGUAAUCAACCGUUCCUUGUCCAGUCCAGCGUCACCAACAAAACCAUUUUUCCAAGUUACUUACCAGGAUCAUGCGAUCUAGUCGUAAAAAGUAUCGAGAGUUUAUUAUUUUUCUUCUUCAAAUAUGGCGGACUUGUACCGAGUCCUAUUUAACCAGGAAUCCAAGGCCCAGCCAGUCCAUCGGGCUCUUGUAUUGUCAUCUGCAGCUGAUAUCUUCAAAUGUUAAUGCUGAUUCGUUUUUGUUUCUCUCAAAAAAAAUGGAGUAGCAAUAAAAUAAGACUACCUGGUGAAUGACUCCUCCCUCCCAUGUAACUUUCCUAUAUUGAUAACCAGAUUCCAAUGCUGUCGUCUUAAUCCAAUAUAAGUUUCAACUCGUAACUUUUUUGACAAUUCUCCAUAUGGAAAAAUCAAAUACUGUACUAUGCAAUAUACAACGAUUUGCUAUUUGAUUUGAUCUGUUUUGCUAUUCGCUUUAUCUGUUUCCUAUUUUCAUUUGGUGCGCACUAUGCUAAAAAUCACUAUGUUAAGCCUAUCGAUGAUUUUCAGCGUCCUACACUCACCCAUUAUAACCUAAAUCAAUAUCAGAAGCAAUCUUGCACAUAUCGUUUUUUAUUUUCUGUUGAAAAAUUAAAAGGUGCAAUUUGCUUGUUAAAACUCGAUCAAUUUUGUCCGCUGGUUCGGAAGACUACCAUGGAUGGAUACAAGGAUGUCAAAAUAUUUCCUUGUUUCAGAUAUUGAAAUGGUUGUCUAUUAUCAUACUCUACCAAAAAUUGCUGGAUAAGAAGGCCGUUUAACCGACUUUCCUCUCAAAUUUCCUUACCGUUUGGCUCAUUGAAUUAGUACAAUUAGCAAUAUUUGAAUUUAAUAGAAUAAUCAAAAAAAUAUCAAUUUGAAAACAUGCUGUGCAAUUCGUUGUUCGGGACGAAAUGCGUAUUAUUACGUCAUAUAAAAGUAACAUAAACAGUCCAACUUAGCGGCAUCGGAAGCCUCCACAUUACGAUUUUCCUACAUGGUAGAUCAUGAGGCAGAUUUUCUAAUUAUUGGACAUCUGGUGUGCUUUGUGAAAUAAUCUAUCUUUUUAUCUUAGAACUUGCACAUUAUCCAACUUUCCAUUGUGUUCUUUUGUUUAUGUCUAGUGAGGAAUUGUAUGUUCUAAUUUUCUAUCUAACAUUUAAGGUAUCUCUCGGCACAAAAUUGACCACACCCCUCCCAUACUUGAUCCUAUGAUGUUGGAAGUAAUGAUGACGUCAUAUUUACCAGAAAUUUUGUAGAUUAUUAAAAAAGUUAUUAAUCAAUUUAUCAAACUUUUUAUCAGUCAAUAUAAUCCGUUUAAAAUCGAAAAAGAUAAGGUAUAAAAUGUGUCCAGUCAAUCAUGAACGAUCAUGUUUGGUAUUAUAAUAUAAUACACCAAGUACGGUGGUCCAUACAUGGCCCUAUCGUGUUUUCUUGUUUGACAGUAUAAAUUUAUAUGUAUUUUCUCUUUGUUCCUUUUUUUUCUUAUUGGAAAAGAUUUAAAAUAAAUAAAUAUAAAAUAAAAAUGAAGCGAAUUAUAAACA